CGACCAAGGCGCCCAAUCCAAUUUCAGUACUCUGUCUUAUGUAAUCUCAUCGCUUUUACCGAGUUGCUGUUGAAGAGAAAACGGAUCAUCCCCUAAACGCCGCCGUUUGAAGUGUCAUCCAUCCGAGUCCCUUCCAGCGGAAAUCUUGUUUGGUAAUCUAGAAAAAGAAAAGCUUUGCCAUAACUGUCCAAAAUCCUUCCUUCUUUCCCGAGAAAACUAGUAUCUUCCUGCAUAUAAAUUCUGAACUUGAAGAGAUAAGAGGUCGGUAAAUCUCCCUCAACUUUCCUCGUUACGUUAUGUCCAUGAUCUUUAUUUAUUGUAAAUGGAGAGGUUGUCCUAUCCUGUAAUCAGUUGAAGAAGUUAACUAGAAGUUUACCGCAACUUCCGGCUUGACGAUGGCUGCUUCAGAAGCAGCUUUACGAGUUCUAUCCAGCGGUUUACCUCACCUGUAUUCUUCUAGUCCAUAUUUCAACAAUUGGAAGCCUGUGUUUUCCUUAAAAUCAGUGAACUGCAGGAAUAAUGGAGGCUCACUGCACCAAAAGUCAUCAAGAAUGUUAUGGAAAUACACAAGGGCAAAUUCUUGUCAGGGUAAGAAUAUUGCUUGCUAUGUAGAGACUGAACGUGCUAAGAGGCUGGAAUCUAUCAGAUGUGAGUGCCAAAGGGCUGAUAGUGUUAGCCGCAUAACUGCAAAUGAGAAUAUACCAUCUAUUUCACUCCCUGUAAAUGCAGGGGAUGUCAAAGUGAAUGGUAAUGUAGAUUCAGCAAAAACAGUUAGAGAUACAUCGCACAAGACAAAUGAGUGUUCAGUUGUGGAAGAAGCAUGGGAUCUUCUCCGAGAAUCUGUCGUUUACUAUUGUGGUAAUCCUAUUGGGACAAUUGCUGCUAAUGAUCCAUCCGAUACUAGCAUUCUGAACUACGAUCAGGUCUUUAUUCGAGACUUCAUUCCUUCUGGAAUAGCUUUUCUAUUGAAGGGAGAGUUUGAUAUUGUACGGAACUUCAUCCUUUAUACCCUUCAAUUGCAGAGUUGGGAGAAAACCAUGGAUUGUCACAGUCCUGGUCAAGGGUUGAUGCCUGCUAGUUUCAAGGUGCGCACUGUACCCCUUGAUGGCGAUGAUUCUGCUACUGAGGACAUUUUAGAUGCUGACUUUGGUGAAGCAGCAAUUGGCCGAGUUGCACCAGUUGAUUCUGGAUUAUGGUGGAUUAUAUUGUUACGAGCUUAUGGAAAAUGCACUGGAGAUCUUUCUGUGCAAGAGAGAGUUGAUGUGCAGACUGGGAUUAAAAUGAUUUUAAAACUGUGUCUUGCUGAUGGUUUUGACAUGUUCCCAACUUUAUUGGUGACGGAUGGCUCUUGCAUGAUAGAUCGUCGCAUGGGAAUUCAUGGACAUCCAUUGGAGAUUCAGGCACUCUUUUAUUCGGCAUUACUCUGUGCACGUGAAAUGCUUGCACCUGAGGAUGGAUCAGCUGACCUCAUUAGAGCUCUUAACAAUCGUCUAGUUGCACUAUCUUUCCACAUUAGGGAAUACUAUUGGAUUGAUAUGAGAAAAAUUAAUGAGAUCUAUCGAUAUAAGACAGAGGAAUACUCAUAUGAUGCCGUUAACAAGUUUAAUAUCUACCCAGAUCAAAUCCCUUCUUGGUUGGUGGACUUCAUGCCCAAUAGAGGAGGUUAUUUGAUUGGAAACCUGCAGCCUGCUCACAUGGACUUCCGUUUCUUCUCUCUUGGAAACUUAUGGUCUAUAGUGAGUAGUCUUGCAACGGUGGAUCAGUCGCAUGCCAUAUUGGAUCUUAUUGAAGCAAAAUGGGCAGAUUUAGUGGCUGAGAUGCCAUUUAAAAUAUGUUAUCCCGCUCUUGAAGGCCAGGAAUGGAGAAUUAUUACGGGCAGUGAUCCUAAGAACACUCCUUGGUCUUACCACAAUGGAGGUUCAUGGCCAACUUUACUUUGGCAGCUCACAGUGGCUUGCAUAAAGAUGAAUAGACCUGAGAUUGCAGAAAAAGCAGUUAAGCUUGCUGAGAGGCGCAUAUCUAAAGACAAGUGGCCAGAAUACUAUGAUACUAAGAAAGCAAGGUUUAUCGGAAAACAGGCCCGGCUAUUUCAAACCUGGUCAAUUGCAGGUUAUCUCGUCGCGAAGCUGCUUCUUGACAAUCCAAGUGCAGCAAAGAUCCUUGUGAAUGAAGAGGAUACAGAACUUCAAAAUACCUUUUCUUGUAUAAUCAAUGCCAAUCCCAGGAGAAAACGUGGCCGAAGCGGAUAUAAGCAGCCCUUCAUAGUAUGAUCUCAGCCUGUGAAGUUCCAGAAUGGGUUGAGUAGAUCGUUCAGAUGUCUACAUUUUGUAAGAUUAUAGCUUAUACAGCAUGAUCGUGCUAUUCUGUGCCAUACCACAUUGCAAUAUGAACACUUUCUGUGAAAAUUAUAUAGCUGUGGGAAUAUUGGUGAUGAUUGAUAUCUCCUUUCUUUGAGCAAUGAAGAGCAUUGUUAUGAGAA